UAGUAUCAGCUGAUUCAGUCAUCGGCGAUAUAAGAUAAAAUAUCUUGAAGAAAAUUACUGGAAAUUAGAAUAGCGUCACGUUAUUGUAACAGCGAACGAAACGCCGUGAGUCAGAGGAUAGCAGUCGACGCAAGCGCGCUGCAGACUCGUGCAAUUACUUUUUUUAUGGAGACAAUUUUCUAAAUUCAAAAGAGUACCGCGCUUGUGACUAGAAAACGAAACGAAACGAUUUUUUUUUUCAUUCGAAACAAAAUAACAGAACACGAAAUACAAUUUUUUGAAUUUUUCGUAGUGUCAAUAAGUGUAUAAACAUUAGUGAAAUGUUGUGAUUGUUAUUUUUAUAAUGGAACGAAGUGUUUUGGCGGAUACAAGGCACAUCCAUUGGAGUUCUGAACUGCAUUCCGAAUACCGCAGCACGUACAGAUGGCACGAGUACAAGGAGCAGCAGCAACAGCAGCAGCAGGGUGUGGUGAAGCAGCCCGCGCCCACCCCUCCCAAUGUGUUGCCACUUACAAGAGGGCCGAUGGAGCCGGCGAUGCCCAGACGCAAGAAGUAUCCAGGUGUUGCGUACAAGUCGAACGAACUGUUCGAUCCAGCGCCUGCGGACGACAUCAGGCCACAGCAAACUUCUGCAUUUGAUAGAGCAAGGAGCACCCAGAGGAAUGACACAGACCGCGCCGGGCGGCGCAGCAAGUCUGAGGGGCCUCGUCAGCCGAGAUGGACCGAUACCGUAGAACCAAAGGUCACAGCCUUAGGUGAAGUGAUGGUAGCGAAGGAGCCUGAUGUGGUUAGCACCGAAUAUAGGAACCAAUUCGCAUGGCCCAAAGACUCCACUGACUCUGUACCCAGGAAGAGUAUCUCCAUGGGAGCGUUGAAGAAGGCCGCCGCUGCUGAAGGGUCCGUGGAAGCGGAGCCUCUCAUGAACCAUGUGGAUGACCACGAUGACAAGCGGUACAUAGAAGACUACCUCUGGAACGGGCAGAAGCCUGGCGUGCAGAGAAAAUCGACGUUCCGUAGCGCGCUAUCGGCCCUCAUAUCCAACGGGGAGGAUCGUUCCAAAGAUAAUAGGAAACGUUACAAAAGCGAGUACAAAAAGAAAUUUAGACCGUUCUCUCAAUACGUGUACGAGGCGUCUAAAGGGACAUUUACGAAAUGCAGGGGGAAAGGGAAGACGAAUGACGAGGCGAGCGAGAGGAUGCUAGGUGCGAGCGGGGGGUCAGGCACGGGGCAGGGCGCGGGGGGGAAGUCUGGGGCUGGGGUUAGUACGGGGGAGGGACAGGGCGCGGUGGGGGAAGACAGUGCGAGUACGCUGCGAGCGGCGGGUCUGCAACCUCUGGGACUCGCGCAGGGCGACUCCUGGUACCGCGAAGUGCUGGACCUGCGCAAGCGCGCUGGUGAAUACAAGUACCGUGGCUGGGGAACCGAACUUGCUCCUGAACACAUCACACAGCUUUACAAUAAGCAAAUCGAGCUCUGGUACCAAGUGUCGCGACGGUCCUCGCUGUCAGCCCUAUCACUUGCUUCCACCAAUCACAAACCGUUGCCAAGAGACGAGAAGGACGGCAAGGAGUCAAAGGGUCACUCUCCUAAGAAGUUCAGAUCUUUCCGAUCAGCGCCUCAUCAGUCCAUCCACGCGAAGCUCCAGGAGACGAAGGCUCUGGAACGGUCCCCCCAUAAGACUUCGCCCCAGAAGCAGAGGAAGAAGCUUCAAGGACAUAGCUUCGAUGAGGGCGCGGCUCACGAUGGUGCGAAAACCGGGGAGAACUCAGCGUUCCGGUCGCCGCGUCGUCGGCCGCGCUCGGCGGACCCCGCGCCCGCGCACCCCGCGCCGCUCGGCAAGCACCUGCCCAACGGCCACGAGCCGCACCCGCGCCCGCCCAAUGACUUUUUUUCUGUAGGUUUGCCGUUGAGUAGAGGGGUUAGUAAUAGAGUUAGGUCAACAUCGCGCGGGGGACGUUCCCCGUCAGCGCCGAGCAAAACUGGUACGCCCGGGGUUAAUGGGACUGGGCCGAAUGUGGCACAGAUGGUGAACGGGGCAACGGGGACUCCGGGCAGGGGCCGCCGCAGUCGCAGCGUGUCAAAAGUGGGCAUAAAACUGGACGACGAGAUACCCAACCACCGGAGUGCGUCAGUUGCAAAAGAUCAUUUCUUCGAUGACUCACCGAUUGUCAAAUCGCCACCGGAACCUACCCGAGUGAAGUCCCCGGAGCAAAUGAACAUGCGUUCCCCUGACCCGGUCAACUGGACGGUCCCGUUAGACACCGGGAAGACAUUUACCGUCACGCAAAACGUAAAGAGCGAUGAAAGUGUUAAGCGCCCUAACUCUGAGUUUAAGGGUGGGUCAAUAGCGGAGGAAGGCGCCACCGUGAAGCCGGCAGGUACGACGACCACCGUCACCGCCUAGACCAUCGGCCAUACACGUUUUAAUGAGUGUGACAGACAGUCAUGCGACAGUGAACUUUAAAUCACACGACUCAAAGUCAAAAUUAGAGAUCACUGCCACAUAAGCACGACACACGAUCGACACCAGAAAUAUUUAUAUAUAAUCUGUUUUAUAUUAUAUUUAUUGAUAGACCAUGAUUAAAUUGUGUUAUUCCAAUAAUUGAGAUG